CGUAGGCUACUUCAAGGACGGCCAAGUCAACACAGUUGUCGCGAAUCUGACCAUUACGAUGUCCAAGGCAUGCUGUCAUCCGUACCAGUCGUGUCGCUUGUUCGUCUUCGGACAGAACCAUGUAUAUUGCCUGUAGCAAGGAAAUUGAGCUGUUCCCGAAGCGUAUGGUUGAUGCGAUAAGGGUUACCUCUAGCAUCUAUGGCCCACUUCCUUCUAAACGUGUCCCUAAAAGGCCACGAAUUCUGUCGCAUCGUUGUUCCGAACUCUUUGAGAUGAGCGUAGCUCACGUAUGCUAUACAUGCAUAUUCUAUGAAAGACGAUAUGACAGUGAGCCUGAGAAGAAGGUCAAACCAUGGGCUACCCUUUGGCCAAAAAGCAAAAUAGACAAUAGGACAAGCUAUUGCACCGAUGAAGUCGCUGAAUCUUGGGGAAACAUCCUUGAUUUCAUGCAAGAGUUCCACGGCGUCGCUCCCAACGUACUCCGGCAAGAUGUAAGCCAGUCGUCUAGCAACAAAUGCCCAAUAGAGAACUUCCCAUCGCCAACCUUCAAGACUUGCCCCAGGCCACGGGAGCCAUGGUAUCUCUAGAGGAACACAAGCUUGGGUAGCUCGAGACCAAUAACCCGUAGAUAAUCUCCCCAACCAUGCCUAGACGCAUGAUCCCUCCACUGAGGUGGAUCAUAGUGACGCC